GAGAUCUAUCUUCUGGAGUGUCAGAAGUUAAAACUGCCAGAAAGCGCUCUUCAGACUUUCAGUUUCAUUUCAAAAACGAAAGUGUUAACUAAAGAUUUUAGUGUUUCAGCACAACUGCAAGAAAACACGAACUUACCACCAGGAACUACUUAUAUAUUUGUUCCUUGUUUUCUUGCCUCUGUCAAUCUUGAAACUAGCGAAGACACUAUUUUUACCUCCGCUCAUGUGUUGUUGUGGUUAAAACUGUUGCACAACGGAAGGUCAUAUCAGUAAAAACAGAAUUGUAGUGAAUGAUGAAAUGAAAUCAGACGUUGUGCAAGAUAGUGCAAAUUGAACAAGUGACCUAGUAAGGAAUGGUAAUAGAUGUGGUAUCAUGGAACUUUGAGAUAAAUAACUUACAAUGACCUGAUGAUGGAGAUUGCUGAAUGUGAGGAGAGUCCAGAGUUUGCAUUUAAUCAUGAUGUGUUUCUGUCAGACUCAGCUGUGGAAGUUUCCACCAAGGAAAUUAUUCAAAAACGAAAUCCACCAGUUGAAGCAGUCAAGAGGUUCGAUUUUCUGCCAUCGUAUACACACAUUUUUGAGAAUUAUCUGAUGAAGAAUGUGCCCUUUAUCUUGGGGAAGUCUGCGACCAGUGAGUGGAAGAGUCGUAAGGAUUGGGUCACAGAGGAGGGUAAACCUAACCUUAAAUUCCUGGCAGAAAAUUUUGGUCAUGUGACAGUACCCAUUGCGGAUUGUAAACGAGAACAGUAUUCAUCCCAACCUAAAUGUGAGAUGACACUCGGAGAAUACACUCAGUACUGGGAGAGUUACAUUGGAGCUGGCUAUCCCCCAUCCAUGGAGAGUCUUUAUCUGAAAGAUUGGCAUUUUACACGAGAUUUCCCUGGUUACCCGGCCUACACCACACCUAACUACUUCAACUCUGAUUGGCUGAAUGAGUUUUGGGACAGACGAAGCGACGAGGUAGAUGAUUAUCGUUUUGUUUACAUGGGACCUAAAGGAUCAUGGACACCUUUUCAUGCCGAUGUGUUUCGGUCUUUUAGUUGGUCCGCUAACAUCUGUGGAAGAAAAAAGUGGAUUUUAUUCCCACCAGGUGAAGAAGACAAUCUAAGAGACAGUUUGGGAAACCUUGUGUAUGAUGUGUUUUCUGCAAAUCUUAAAGAUGUUACAAAAUAUCCACAAUACCAACAAGUCCAUAAACCCUUCGAGGUUUAUCAAGAAGAAGGGGAGAUAAUUUAUGUUCCUAGUGGGUGGCACCACCAGGUCCAUAAUAUGGAAGACACCAUAAGCAUCAACCACAACUGGAUCAAUGGCUGCAACAUAGACUUGUGCUGGACAUUCCUUAUGGAGAACUUGGCAGACGUGCAGCGGGAAAUCGCCGACUGUGCCACCAUGGACGGAUGGAAUGAGCAGUGCCAGAUAAUUUUGAAGGCUAGCAGCGGAAUAAAUUUUGAGGAAUUUUUCCGUUUCAUUUCAACAGUGGCCACCAACCGUCUGGCCUCAUUGAAGCAGUUGUGUACUUGGAAGGGUAAAACCCAUGGUGAUGUAAAUGGGAAGUUGUUGUCAAUUGAAAAGAGCAAAAGGUUCAGAAAAGGCAUUGUUGAAAAUGUUAAAGACGAUACUAGGACAGAUGCCUGUGCAAACUUUGUCAGCUGUGUCAGUGACUCUACAUAUUAUGAUGGCAAUGAUGGCCAAAGAAAUGAUACAAAAGCUAAUGCUGCCAGGCACUGCACAGAUGCUUGCUGCAGUCACUCUGCAAGCGGUGAUAGGGUGCUCAAGGAGGUUAGCUCAAGAAAUCAUUCUAUCCAAGCCACUGAAGGAGGAACUUGUGGUGCUACGAUUUCUAGUCACACCUCUCUGCAAAACACAAGCUGCGAUUUUACUCAUGGGGUCCUAUUAGACUCUGAGCAAACAAAGAAUGAUGUUGACCUGGACAGUUCCAAGAGCAGUCCUUUCAGUUCCACGAGUUUUAGAAUGGACAGUUUUCAUGGAUCUUGCCAUGAACAGUCAAUGAUAAACCAGAACAAAUGCCAAAUUAUAUUUGAUCUUCAGAGAUUGGAAUAUGUGUUGUCCGCAAUGCUUCAGAAGGCAGAAUUUUCUUCCAUUGAUUUUAGGGAGUAUUCACCUUGCCCCGAGGAAUUAUUGUUGUCUCUGUCUCAGGUUUUUAAAAAAUGAGGAACAGAAUUCCAAAUUUUAAAAUGUAUUUGUUGUUGACUUUUGUAUUGAUUCAUGUUUUCUCACUUUUAGUAUUACCAUCAGAAGAUUGUGUCAUAAUGCAACGGCUGACUUUCACAGGCAAGAGUUCCAGGGUUCAAUCCUGAGCCCUGUCAUACCUCAGGCCUUGAAUUUUACAUUUUUAUUACCUUGUCUUGGGUCUUAUGUUAGACCAUUCUUAAGAAAUUCUUUGUUGAGUCAACUUGGCUGUACCUUGACCAUAUUAGAAAAAUGAGCUAGGUCAGUAUGGAAUUUUUCUUUCUUUGCUGGUUAAUGAAAACAGAUAUCGAUUUUAAGGUAUUGUCCGCUCGAGAAAAUAUAAACAAGAUAAAAACAAAUAUUGCAUAAAUGUAGAUUAUUAAGCCUCCCUAAUAAAUUUUAACCCAGCAUUCAAUUCGGAGUUCUAUUGAGUGUUUGGUGGCAUCUGAAUGAUAACUUCAGACCACACAGAGUUAGUUUUCUAUUUCUUAUACAUUCUUUGCUCGCAUGUACAAAGUAAGGUGAAGUAUUGUGAGAGUGGGGGAACGUGUAGCGUCCAGUUAAGCUGCUCUUUUUUCAUCUUGUGUGUAAGAUACAUGGAUUGAAGGUUUAAAGAUGCAUGAAACGGAACUCUGCUGCUGUCCAUUGUAUGAGUGUAAUAUAAUAGAGUACGGCAUAAGACACCAAUCAAAUAAAGAAAUAAAUAAAUGAAAUGGAACUCUAAAGCAAAGUUUAUGGUUACACACAGGGAACUGAAGACAGUUACACUAAAUUAUUGGGUGGGGAUGGGGGGCGCAUUUUUAUUUUUGAGGCAUAUUUCUAUCUCUAUUACCCCUCUAUUUCAAUUGGGGAAAACAUUUUUGGAAAUGAAAAUGGGAGCAAACUUUUCACCUUGGUGGGACCAGCCUAGAACCCACCAUCUAGAUUUUGUUCUAACAUGACAGCCAAUAUCCACCUGAUUUCCAGAAUGACCAGUGUAUUUCAGAUCCAUUUUUACUCCGAAAGAAGUUCACAUAUUUGCUGUAUUUUCCAGAACCGCCUAUAUUUUCCAGUACCUCCUUUAUUUGCUGAAGAAUUCCUGUAUUUUUACCAAAACCAGCUCAAAAUUUGCUAUCACUGUCAUCAUUUUUGCUGCUUUUAAACUCGCCUGUGCAAACUUCAUGUAGGCUACAUCAGGGGCUUAUGUCAUACGCAUGGCGUUUGCAUCCAACACUUAUUGCAAAUAAAAUGAAUACUUCCACUAUAAUGGCAGUGUACUAAUUUAUCUAGUCUUGAUGUAACAUUUUCUAACAUUUGGAGAAUAGAGCAUUUAAAGAGUAUUUUUGAUUUAUUCAUGUUAUUAUACUUUUUUGAUCAAUUUUAGCCCAGUUUAAAAGAUUUUCAAUGUCCUGUACAUUCACUGUUAUGAAUGGACAGGUAAAUGUUAAAGGUGGUAUCUCAUACAUGUUAAGGUUGAACUUUCUUUAUUGGUUUUAGUUUUAUUGGCUUGUGAAUGUUUUCAUUUUGAUUGAUUUGUGAAUAAGAGAUGUAGAAAUGUACAAGUUUUAUGAACUGGGUUUUUUGUAGUAAACACAUCUUCUCUAGAAAGCAUCAAGGCAGGGCUACAAUUUCUUGUGCACAGGGUCUCAGAUCAUAUGGACUUUGCCAAAUUGACCUACAAUGUAUUUCUUGUAAUAAAGAAAACUUUUG